UGUGUGUGAGAGAGAGAGCGAGAGAGAGAGAAUGAGUGACCUGGUGACUGUCAUCUGUGUAAUCCCAAAUCCUGCUGUGCCACUCUGAAAUCCUCUCGUGGUCCGCCAUCGUUGGGAAUACUCAACAAAAUUAUCAGCGUUCCAGGUUUAUCCCAAACAUACUCUCAUGCUUUUGUGUGUGAGAGAAUGAGCUCAUGCUUUCACUGGCACACCUGUGACUAUGAUGAUGAGGAUGAUGAUGAUGAUGAUGUCAGUGCGGCGCUCAGGUGUGUGAAGGCAGCAGAAGUACUGUGUGACGGACAGGUGGCCUGACCAAUCAGCCGUGAUGUCUGCUCGAAUGAGGCCUCUGGCCCCACCCACAUUUCUCCUGGAGGGGGUGGAGGUUGCGAUGGCCGCAGAGGACAUUAUAGAAGAGAAGCACCCAGAAGCUGGACCUUACUUCAACACCAACAACAGCAAUAGCAAUGAAGAAGAGGAAAAGAAGAAGAAAAAGAAAGAAAAAAAGGAGAAGAAAGAGUAAGAUGAGAUGAUUUUUCAAACAUUCGCUUCAUUCAUUCAUUCAUUGAUGGUUUACUCUACAUAUUUGUGUUGUUCCAGGAAAAAAGAGAAGAAGGAAAAAAAGGAGAAGGAAAAGAAAAAAGAAGCAGAAGAGAAAGAGAAAGAGAAAGAGAAAGAGAAAGAGAAGAAAGAACCACCAAAGGAGAUUGAAGUUGUGGAUCCGGCGGGAAACAUGUACUACAACUGGCUUUUCAUGAUCACGUGUCCUGUGAUGUACAACUGGGUUCUCAUCAUAGCGAGAGCUUGCUUUGAGGAGCUGCAGUCGGACUUUCUGAUGAACUGGUUCAUCCUGGAUUUCUUAUCAGAUCUGGUGUAUCUGCUGGACAUGGUGUUCAGGACCAGGACAGGAUAUCUGGAGCAGGGGCUGUUGGUGAAGGAUGAGAAGAAACUUCGCGAUCGCUACAUGCAGAGCGUCCAGUUUAAGCUGGACCUGGCCUCUAUGGUUCCGACCGACAUCUUCUACUUCUACUUUGGUCUGAACUACCCCGAGAUUCGCAUGAACAAGUUACUGAGGGUCAACCGCUUGUUCGAGUUUUUCCAGCGCACCGAAACACGGACUAACUUUCCCAACCUGUUCCGAAUCUUCAACCUCGUCAUGUACAUCGUGAUCAUCAUCCACUGGAACGCCUGCAUGUAUUACUCCUUCUCCAAGGCCAUUGGCUUCGGGUCGGACGCUUUCGUGUAUCCGGACAUCUCGAACCCGGAGUUUGGCCGGUUGGAGAGAAAGUACGCAUACAGCAUGUACUGGUCCACGCUCACGCUCACCACCAUCGGCGAAACGCCGCCCCCUGUCAAAAACUCAGAGUACUUCUUUGUGGUGACGGACUUCUUGGUCGGCGUGUUGAUUUUUGCCACCAUCGUCGGUAAUGUCGGCUCCAUGAUCACCAACGCCAACGCGGCGCGAGCGGAUUUCCAGGCUCGCAUCGACGCUAUCAAACAGUACAUGAGCUUCCGAAAGGUCACCAAAGACCUGGAGAAACGGGUCAUCAAGUGGUUCGAUUACUUGUGGACCAACAAGAAAGCAGUCGAUGAGAGAGAAGUGCUGAAGUACCUGCCGGACAAGCUGCGGGCGGAGGUCGCUAUAAACGUCCACCUGGACACUCUGAAGAAGGUGCGCAUCUUCGCGGACUGCGAGGCCGGGCUGCUGGUGGAGCUGGUGCUGAAGCUUCAGCCGCAGGUCUACAGCCCCGGAGACUACAUCUGCAAGAAGGGCGACAUCGGCCGCGAGAUGUACAUCAUUAAGGAAGGAAAACUGGCUGUGGUGGCCGAUGACGGAGUCACGCAGUUCGUGGUGCUGAGCGACGGCAGCUACUUCGGAGAGAUCAGCAUCCUCAACAUCAAGGGCAGUAGGGCAGGCAACCGAAGAACCGCCAACAUCCGCAGCAUCGGCUAUUCUGACCUCUUCUGCCUGUCCAAAGACGACCUGAUGGAGGCGCUGACCGAAUAUCCGGACGCCAAGGCCAUGCUGGAGGAGAAGGGACGACAAAUCCUUAUGAAGGACAAUCUUCUGGAUUUAGAGCUGGCCAAGCAGGGUCCCGAUCCCAAAGACAUGGAGGAAAAGGUGGUGAAGAUCGGCAGCGUGCUGGAUGACCUUCAGACGUGCCUCGCCCGCCUCUUAGCCGAACAUGAAGCCACACAAGGCAAACUGAAGAAGCGCGUGACUAAAUUAGAAAAGAAGAUGACAGACGGAGCGGCGCUCUCUGAGAUGCUGGACCCGGAGAGGAAAGAAGAGAAGGAAUAGGACGAAAGCUGCAGUUAAUCAAAGACCCAGAAGUAAAGCUGCAGACAAACCUGAUUAAACAAAUUAGUUUUAGAACUUUGAACAGAAGUCUUGUAUAUUUUGUGGUCCGCCUGUGGUUUGGACUGGAUUUGUGGGGAUGGAUAAAACCGUAGAUACACAUCAGAUUUAUCCUGGGCUGUCAGUCUACCACAGCAGUGUGUGAAUGAAGAAGAAAUCUGAGAAAUCUUUGUUUGGUUCUUCCGUCUACCUGCGACUGGUAGCACGCAAAUGUAAACCACUGAACAGAUGAUUGGUGUUCACAGCAUGUAUCUGUGGUUAGACUGAUUAUAUCACAUGUUUAUUCUGUCAUGUCUAUCAUGAGAGAAUAUAAACAUAAAAUGAAUCCUUUUUGUUAGCAAAAGUCUGUAUGAUCUAUUUUCACUCAAACCUCUUGUAAUCAACAUUUAUACUUAGAGAGAAACACUAAUAAUGAUGCUGCUCUGGCAAUAUCAGUUAAAAGUUUAAUCAGAGAACUAAAUGGGCUGUAAAAAUUUUUUAAAUACAUCUUCAAUAAAGAAUUUCUGACCAGA